CAUAGGUCAACAAAAUAAAAAUGGAGAACACACAAAAUUGAUUGUUCUUUUUGUCAAGUAAUAACAACAAAAAUCGUAACUAACAAAACUCAAUCUCUUUCAAUAAUUACAAAAUUUUUACUUAAAUCUCACAUCGAAUUAAUAUAUAUAUAUUUUAUAAAGACUGAACCUUUUUAUUUGACUUUAAAAAUUUUUAUUUACUAAAAUGGCAAAAAAAUAUCCAUUUCCUGUUUUUGUCCUUCCCCAAUCGAUCAAAUUUAAAUUAAAUGGGAAAACAAAUCAUAAGGAAUUAUUUACUGUCUAUAAUCCAUAUGGAUUUGCAAUAAAAUAUAAAAUUUAUAGUACUUGCUCUUUUAAGUACUCAAUCUCAGACCCAGAAGGAGAAAUUCAACCUGACAGUUCAGUUGAUAUCAUCGUUAGACAUAAUGCACCUACCAUUUCAAAUUGUGGUACUAUAGAUAAGUUCCGAAUAAAUACAUGUGAUAUAAUAACCGAAAAGAUAACUGGAAGAAAAAGUAUCGAAGUUAUUCUUUUGGAAUGUGAAGAUGAAAUUGCUACUGAGAGUUCGGCUAGACGAACUGAUUCAAGUUCAAGAGAACAAAUGCGUGAGCAUAAUAUUCUUGUAAGUAAGAAAUCGUUUGUGUUCAUUGCAACUAUUGCAGCAAUAGCAAUGUUAGUAUGGCUACCGUUGAAAGAUACUGGUGAAAAACAUGAUUCACUACCUGAUUAUUUACAUCUGACUUGUAUCUCUAAAAUUGCCGUCUCAUUCUUGAUAGGUGCCAUAAGUACUUAUCAUCUUUUUUCUUUUCAUAACCAUAACCGUGCACUGACUAUGUGAUAUAAAAAAACGAAAUAUAUUUCUUAUUUCUGACUGAA